UUUGUCCAAAGAGCCGACCUUGUGUCCCACCAGAAAACACAUUCUGACCAGGCCACCAGUGAGGGAGCUUUCCCUUGUCUUGAAUGUGGGAAGGCCUUUGACCAGAAACACAAGCUUAUACAGCAUCGCAGGAUUCACUCUAAGGACAAGCCAUUUGCCUGCUCUGAAUGUGGGAAGUGUUUCAUCUGGAAGUCCCUCUUGGCACGGCACCAAAAGGUACACAAAGAUGAGAAACCGUACUCAUGCUCCGAGUGUGAAAAGCGCUUCACCUGGAAGUCAAACUUGGUUGACCAUCAAAGGAUUCACAAGGGGCAGAAGCCCUAUGUCUGUUUUGAGUGCGGAAAGUGCUUUGGGAGCAAGCUGCACCUCAGCAAACACCAACGCGUGCAUACUGGCGUCAAGCCAUAUCCAUGCACAGAGUGUGGGAAAUGUUUUGCAGAGGUGUCGUCCCUUGUUAAACACCGAGGCGUGCACGCUGGAGAGAAACCAUUCUCCUGCUCUGAGUGCGGCAAGCAAUUUGCCAAGAAGCCAUGGCUGGUGGAGCACCAGAGGACACACACUGGAGAAAAACCAUUUUCAUGCUCCAAAUGCAGCAAGUGCUUCACACAGAUGUCCUCUCUGGCCAAGCACUCGAAAAUCCACACAGGUGAGAAGCCAUUUUCCUGUGUGGAGUGCGGGAAAUGCUUCACGCAGAGGUCCAAUCUCAUGAAGCACCGUAGGACUCACAGCGGAGAAAAGCCUUACUCAUGUUCGGAAUGCAACAAGUCUUUUGCCAAAAAGUCCAGCCUAAAUGGUCACCAAAAGAGUCACCAGAGAAAGGUGCCUGUGUGA